UGUGGAACAUAUCUCUGUAAAUCUUCCCUAAAACUACCCAAAGGCAUAUAUUCCGCCUGUGAUGGACCCUUGGAAUACUGCUAUGUUAGGCUUGGGUUCUGAUUCUGAAGGGUUUUCGGUGAAAAGCCCCUCUGCAGUAAACAUUGGCACGUUGGUGGGAAAAGGAGAAAUAGAGCUGGAAGGUUGCACCAAGGAAGAAGACGACAGUAAGAAGAAGAAUCGGGAAGGAAACAAUACGGAGAAUGGGAAGAAUGAGGUUCUGACUGAUGCACAGCAACAGUUUUCAGUGAAAGAAACAAACUUUUCAGAGGGAAACUUGAAACUGAAGAUCGGUCUUCAAGCAAAGCGAACGAAAAAGCCUCCCAAGAAUCUUGAGAAUUAUGUGUGCCGGCCUGCUAUAAAAACCAGUAUCAAGCAACCCAGAAGGGCACCGAAGAGUGGGAAGAUGACAGAUGAGAAGAACGAGCACUGUCUUUCAAAGCAAGACCCUUCAAAGUUGUACAAGAAAGCUGGAGAAGUUGCAACAGUUGAAUUGCAUGCGGAAGAAGGUAUACAAGUAGAAACAAAUCCUUUAUCUAAGAAAGUUACCCCCUUGCACUCUGAAAUGACAGAUUAUAUAAAGUCAUCUCCUCCAACUCUUAUCAGUAGCCAUAAUUCUGACUUAAAGGAUAGAACACAAAUUAACGGAGCAACAACUGUAACAGAAAAAUUGGCUCAACUUAUUGCAACUUGUCCUCCUUCAAAGUCUUCCAAAACAAAGCAGAAGAAGCCUGGAAAUGGAACUGCAUCCGGUUUGGUUAAAGACUCUGGGAAGAAGCUGCCAGGAACCAUAACUGCAAGUGGGUUAGUUAAUAAAGAUUUAGUGAAGAAAUUGCCAGGGUCUGGAAUUGCUGUUGGGUUGGUGAACAAGGACUCAGGGAAGAAGCCAUUAGGGAUCGGCAGUGCAGCCAUACUGGUGAACAAGGACUCUGGGAAGAAGCCACAAGGCAUUGGCCCGUUGAUUGGAUUGGUGAACAAGGACUCUGGAAAGAGGCCGCCAGGGAUCAGCACUCCAACCGGGUUAGUUAACAAGGACUCUGGGAAGAAACAGCCGGUGACCAGCUCCCCAGUUGGAUUAAUCAGCAAAGAUGUUGGGAGGAAGCUUUCGGGUAUCGGCACUCCAACCGGACUGACUAAUAAGGAGUCUGUCAAGAAGCCAGUGGGGAUCGGCACUCCAGCAGGAUUGAUUAGCAAGGAUGCUGGGAAGAAGUUGUUGGGAAUAAAUAGUCCUCCAGGACUGGUUAACAAAGAUGCUGGGAGAAAGAUGCCAGGGACUGGCAGUACGACCGUUCUGACUAACAAAGACUCUGGAAGGAAGACACCAGGGAUUGGCAGCCCAGUGGGACCAGUUAAUAAGGACUCUGGGAGGAAGAUGCCAGGAAUUAGCAGUCCAGUGGGAUUGGUUAGCAAGGACUCUGGAAACAGUCCGGUUGGUUUGGUUAACAAGGACUCUGGAGCUCUGAAAGGAGACUCUCUUACACCUGCCUCGGAGCCAUUUAAGCUUCCUUGCAAUUCAAACCUCAGUAGCCUUGAAAGCCAUGAGACUACAGACUUGCUGAAGGAAAAUACUACUAGCAAAACAUUUGAGAAGCACGUUAUGAGACAGAAUAAAGAAAGUAUCUUGGAAAAAUUUUCAAUUCGGAAAGAAAUUGCUGAUGUUGGCAAAGAGAUGUUUAAUGAAGGAAUCUGCGUUCCACAGGAUGGUUACUCAACCAGUGAAAAAGGGAUCUAUGAAACAUCUAAGCAUGAAAAACAGCCUCCGGUAUAUUGCACUUCACCAGACUUCAGAACAGGAGGUGCUUCAGAUGUAUCGACAGCAAAGUCCCCGUUCAGCGCAGUAGGAGAGGGAAAUCUCCCAUCGCCUUCACCCACGGUGUCGGUGACCACCUUAAACAGGAGCCUCUCAACAUCGUCUUCACAGUUAGCAUCUAACUCGUUGCAUUUAAGUUCCACAGCAGAUAUCUUAGAAGGUAUUUCAGAUCAGAUUGGCAAAACUCAGUUUUCUUCUGACAGUACACUUCUGAAUAUAAACAGAACAUUGAACCGUACUCUGAGCACCGAUUUUAAAGGUGCUGACAAAGAUUUAAAUGAUUCAAAAGCUACUUAUGUAGAAACUUCGAGAACUAGUCCUUCUACAGGGAAAAAGCCUAUUUUGGCAGCUGAAACAAGCAUUCAUGCUACUGUCACCCCUUCGGUAGUUAGUUUUACAAGCUUGUUUAGUAGCAAGCAGUUCCUUAAGAUUGGUGCAAUAGCUGCAUCGGAUAAAUCCUGCCAAGGAGCAAAAAACCUGAGCACUACUCAACAAUCAAAACCUCUAAAGAAGAGAAAAGGAAGGAAACCACGAUGGACUAAAGUGGUGUCAAGAAGCACGUGUCGACCUCCAAAGGGUCUAGAACUAGAAAGGUCAGAGCUUUUUAAAAACAUUUCAUGCAGUGCACUAUCAAGCAGUAACUUGGAGCAGGCCAAAUUCUUGAAAAACAUAGGAUCGUCUUCAUUUGUGGAGCAUGAAUUUGUCAAGCAUCAGUUGCCAAAACUGAAUGAAGCUAGUGGACAGUCUCUUGCACUGUUAUCUGAGACUGACAAGCAAACUCAAAAGUUCUACAGCACUCACAAACAACCCUCUAGUUUGUGUAUGUCAGAUGAUUUCUUGCCUGACAUGUAUAAACCAAAAAGAGGAAGACCUAAGUCCAAGGAGAUGCCAGAGCUCGAAGGUCCCCCCAAAAGAACUCUGAAGAUCCCAGCAUCAAAAGUCUUUUCAGUGCAGUCAAAAGAAGAGCAAGAACCUCCAAUUUUGCAGCCUGAAGUAGAAAUUCCCUCCCUAAAACAGAGCUUAUCAGGACAACCUUUUCCUAAAAAGAGAGGGAGACCUAAAAGACAGAUCAGGUCAUCAAUUAAAAUGAAGCCACCUGUUCUUUCAGUGGCACCUUUUGUUGGGACAGGUAACUCGAGCAAGACGGAGUCUGAAAGCGAUCAACAUGGAAGUGGGGAUUUUUUUGAGAGAAAGGACCAGCUUCGAGGGCCAGAAGAAGUUCAAAAACCUAAUAUUUGUAGCAUGACUGAUUUGGAAGUAGACUCAGACAGAAAAGUUGCCAAGAGAAAUAAUGGACAGUUAAUGAAAACAAUUAUUCGAAAAAUAAAUAAAAUGAAAACUCUGAAGCGAAAGAAACUUUUGAAUCAGAUUCUGUCUAGUACAGUGGAACCAAAUAACAAAGGGAAAGUGCAAUCUAAACUCCACAAUACAGUGUCGACUCUUGCUGCCACGUUUGGUUCAAAAUUAGGCCAGCAAAUAAAUGUUAGCAAGAAAGGAACAAUUUAUAUAGGAAAAAGGAGAGGAAGGAAACCUAAAGCUGUCCUGAAUGGUAUUUUAACUAGCAGUUCUGCCAGUUUGACAGUUCUGGAGAAGUCUGCUCAACAAGCUCCUGGGACGUCACUGGGACAAGUACUUCCCCAUUUGCUGCCUUCAACAGCUAAUAAUUCCGAGAUUCUUCCAUCUCCGGUUUGCUCCCAGUCAUCUGCAGUGAGCGGGGGACAGAGCCCCGUGGGCAGCGACGCAGGGUUUGUGGAGCCCAGCUCGGUGCCGUACUUACACAUACACUCCAGACAAGGAAGCAUUGUUCAGACACUUGCCAUGAAAAAAGCUGCUAAGGGAAGGAGGAGGUUAUCUCCACCUACGUUGUUGCCAAACUCUCCUUCUCACUUGAGCGAGCUGACAUCGCUGAAGGAAGCCACUCCAUCCCCGGUGAGCGAGUCUCACAGCGACGAGACGAUUCCCAGCGACAGCGGAAUAGGAACAGAUAAUAACAGCACUUCAGAUCGAGCAGAGAAGUUUUGCGGGCAAAAGAAGAAAAGGCAUUCAUUUGAUCACGUUUCCCUCAUUCCACCCGAAACGUCCACCGUUUUAGGUAAUCUAAAAGAAAAGCAUAAACACAAAUGUAAGCGCCGCAGUCACGAUUACCUUACUUACGACAAAAUGAAGAGACAGAAGCGAAAAAGGAAAAAGAAGUAUCCUCAACUGCGAGGUAGGCAGGACCCAGAUUUCCUCGCCGAAUUAGAAGAAUUAAUAAGUCGAUUAAGUGAAAUUAGGAUAACCCACAGAAGUCACCAUUUUAUACCCCGAGAUUUACUGCCUACCAUUUUUAGGAUAAAUUUCAAUAGUUUCUAUACCCAUCCUACUUUUCCUUUAGAUCCUUUGCACUACAUUAGAAAACCUGAUUUAAAGAAGAAAAGAGGCAGGCCUCCAAAGAUGCGGGAGGCUAUGGCAGAAAUGCCCUUUAUGCAUAGUCUCAGCUUUCCUCUGUCCAGUACUGGGUUCUAUCCCUCUUACGGCAUGCCUUACUCUCCUUCCCCGCUUGCAGCUGCUCCCAUAGGCUUAGGUUAUUACGGAAGGUAUCCUCCAACUCUGUAUCCUCCUCCACCUUCUCCUUCUUUUACUACCCCCCUGCCACCCCCCUCCUACAUGCACACUGGCCACUUGCUCCUCAAUCCCACCAAAUACCACAAGAAGAAGCAUAAACUCCUACGGCAGGAGGCGUUCCUCACGACAAGCAGGACUCCGCUCCUGUCAAUGAGCACGUACCCCAGCGUUCCCCCUGAGAUGGCUUACGGCUGGAUGCUCGAACACAAGCAUAGACAUCGCCAUAAACACCGAGAACAUCGCUCUUCUGAACAGCCGCAGGUUUCCAUGGACACUAUAACAGCUAACAGCUCCUCGCGAACAGUUCUGGAGUCCUUGAAGCGCUACAGAUUUGGGAAGGAGGCUGUUGGUGAGAGGUACAAACACAAAGAGAAACACAGAUGUCACAUGUCUUGUCCACACCUCUCACCUUCCAAGGGUUUGCUCAGCAGAGACGAACAGUGGGUCAGGAGAGAGCCUUCGGAGUCGAGCUCGUUAGCACUGGGAUUGCAGACACCGCUGCAGAUAGACUGCUCAGAAAGCUCCCCGGGUCUGUCCCUGGGGGGAUUCACUCCCAGCUCGGAGCCCGCCAGCAGCGACGAACACACCAAUCUUUUCACAAGUGCAAUAGGCAGCUGCAGAGCCACAAACUCUGCCAGCACCAACGGACGCAAAAAAUUAACUGACAGCCCCGGACUCUUCAGCGCAGCGGAC